AUCAUUUAAGAAUAAUUCUGAUCACAAGCACUUUUGAAUUUCACAAUUUGUGCAAAAAGUACGCAUUAGAAGUCAGUUUUCGUAGUGAAAAUUAGAUAUUUUUCUUGUGUAAGCAUUGCGAAACGUAAAAGUACGGAAAGAUUCAUUGAAAAAUCAUUAUUUCUUGCAAGAACGUGAGAAAUAGGAAAAAAAGUCACACCAACAAAAAAAAGUUUGCUUGAUGUCUGCAGUGACUAAAAACCAAGACUUUUCACCUGCCGCAAAGAAGAGAAAAUUAGAGAGUGAGAUUUCGAAUAAUUCAGUUUCAACUGCUUUUGGUACUACACAGCACUCCAAUAAUUCUACGUCGGGUGAAUCGCAAACUAACAAUACCGUGAACCAAACUCAACAGCAGCAACAACAACAACAAUUAACGAACAGAACAAUGGCGAACGGAUCAACGAAAAAUGGAGAAAUUGAUGAGGGACUUUAUAGUCGUCAACUUUACGUUUUGGGACAUGAAGCAAUGAAACGUAUGGCUGCUUCAGACGUUCUCAUCUCUGGAAUUGGUGGACUCGGUGUGGAAAUAGCAAAGAAUGUCAUUUUGUCUGGUGUAAAAUCUGUCACUUUGCAUGACCAGCAAAAUUCUGAAAUGAAAGAUUUGUCGUCACAAUUCUAUUUAAGUGAGUCAACAAUCGGAAAAAAUCGUGCUGAAGCCAGUUGUGGUCAGCUUUCAGAGCUUAAUAAUUAUGUGCCGACACUGGCCUACACCGGUCCAUUGACAGAAGAUUUCCUCAAGAAAUUUCGUGUUGUGGUGUUGACAGAUAUCGAUGAAGUUGAGCAAAAGCGUAUUGCUGAAAUAACUCGUAAAUAUAACAUCGCUCUCAUCAUUCCUCUUACUCGUGGACUGUUUGGACAAAUUUUCUGUGACUUUGGGCCCGAAUUUACUGUCUACGAUGUUAAUGGAGCGAGUCCUUUGUCUGCAAUGAUUGCUGGCAUUACAAAAGAUAAGGACGGGGUUGUCACUUGUUUAGAUGAAGCACGUCAUGGCUUUGAAGACGGUGAUUAUGUGACAUUUACUGAGGUCGAAGGAAUGACGGAAUUGAAUCAGUGUGAACCGAUUAAGAUCAAAGUUUUGGGACCAUACACUUUUAGCAUUGGAAACACUCUCGAAUUCUCUGAUUAUGUUCGUGGCGGCAUCGUCAUGCAAGUCAAGAUGCCAAAAAUAAUUUCAUUUAAAUCACUUUCUGAUGCUGAACGAACUCCAGAAUUUGUCAUGUCUGAUUGGUCAAAGUUUGAUCAUCCACAAAACAUCAACAUUGCAUUUACUGCACUUUCUCGUUUUAUUAAGAAGUUCGGCAGAAAUCCACGUCCAUGGAACAUUGAAGAUGCCAACGAAUUCCUUGUCAUUUGUAAAGAACGAGCAAGUGAAUUAAAUGUUGACGAAUUAAAUGAGAAAAUGUUGGAAAUAUUCGCUAAAAUCGCUGAUGGAGAUUUGUGUCCAAUAAAUGCAGUUAUUGGUGGCAUAAGUGCUCAAGAAGUUAUGAAAGCUUGCAGUGGAAAGUUCUCGCCAAUUAUGCAAUUCUUCAGCUACGAUGCAAUUGAAUGUUUGCCAGAAGAUCUCAGCGUUUUAAACGAAGCCGAAUGCCAACCAAUUGGCUGUCGUUACGAUUCACAAAUUGCAGUGUUUGGUAAAAAGUUUCAAGACAAAUUGGGAUCGCUCCGUUACUUUAUUGUCGGUGCUGGUGCCAUUGGCUGUGAACUUUUAAAGAAUUUCGCUAUGAUGGGCAUUGGAGCUGGUAAAGAUGGCGAACUUAUCGUCACUGACAUGGAUCUCAUUGAACGAUCAAAUUUAAAUCGUCAAUUCUUGUUCCGACCUCACGAUGUUCAAGCACCAAAAUCUCGUGUUGCAGCUGCUGCUGUUAAACGCAUGAAUCCAUAUCUCAAUGUGAAAUAUCACGAGACACGUGUUGGUGUUGACACUGAGAACGUCUACGACGAUGAAUUCUUUGAACGUUUAGAUGGAGUUGCAAAUGCGCUUGACAAUGUUGAAGCUCGUAAUUACAUGGAUCGUCGUUGCGUUUAUUAUCGCUUGCCUUUGUUAGAAUCUGGCACAUUGGGAACGAUGGGAAAUAUUCAAGUUGUUGUACCGCACUUGACUGAAUCUUACAGCUCAAGUCAAGAUCCACCGGAACGUUCCAUUCCCAUCUGUACACUCAAAAACUUCCCAAAUGCAAUUGAACAUACUUUGCAAUGGGCUCGUGACAUGUUUGAAGGUGUUUUCACUCAAAAUCCACAAAAUGCUUCUCAAUACAUCAACGAUUCUGGUUUCAUUGAACGAACAUUGAAAUUGCCAGGCGUUCAACCACUCGAAACAAUGGAAUCAGUAAAGCGUGCUUUGUUGGACGAACGUCCUUCAUCAUUUAUGGAUUGCGUCUCAUGGGCACGUCUGCAUUUUGAAGAGAAUUUCAGCAACCAAAUCAAGCAGUUGCUUUUUAAUUUCCCUCGCGAUCAACAAACAACUUCUGGACAACCUUUCUGGUCUGGUCCUAAACGUUGUCCUGAUCCGAUUGAAUUUAAUGCUGAUGAAAGUUUACAUUUGGACUACAUUUUAACGGGUGCUAAUUUGAAGGCAGAAAUCUACGGCAUAUCUCAGAUCCGUGAUCCAAAUGUUGUUCGUGAGAUGGUCCAACAAGUGCAGGUGCCAGUUUUCGUUCCACGAAGCGGGAUUAAAAUAGCAGAAAAUGAUGCAGCCUUACAGCAACAACAGAGUGACAAUGGAAGUUACGAUCAGGAUCGUGUCAAGAACAUCGUCGAUGAAAUGAAGAACAUGGGACGACCAACAUUCACAAUUACCCCGUUGGAAUUUGAAAAAGACGACGAUAACAAUCUUCAUAUGGAUUAUAUUGUUGCUGCUUCUAAUUUGAGAGCUUUGAAUUACAAAAUACAACCAGCAGACAGAUACAAGUCGAAAUUGAUUGCUGGAAAAAUUAUUCCUGCUAUUGCUACGACCACAUCAUUGGUGUCGGGUUGUGUCGCUUUGGAAUUAUACAAAUUGGCACAAGGCUUCAAGCAACUUGAUCGUUUCAAAAAUGGUUUUGUUAAUCUUGCUUUACCAUUGUGCACAUUCUCCGAGCCAUCACGUGCGAAAGAACAACAAUAUUAUGACACGAAAUGGACUUUGUGGGAUCGUUUCGAAGUUGAAGGUGAAAUGACGCUCAGCGAAUUCCUGAAGUACUUCCAGGAUAAACAUAAAUUGGAGAUUACGAUGAUAUCGCAAGGCGUUUGUAUGCUUUAUUCAUUCUUCCAACCGAAGGCAAAACUUCUUGAAAGAAUGUCAAUGUCGAUGACCGAAGUUGUACGUCGCGUAUCAAAGCGGCAAAUUGCUCCACAUGAACGCGCCUUAGUCUUUGAAAUCUGCUGUAAUGAUGAUGAAGGUGAAGACGUGGAAGUUCCUUAUGUUCGUUACACAUUACCAAGAACAAAUUGAGAUUUUUAACUUCUUGAGAUAAAAUCGAAGGAUCUGUCAAAACAACAUCAAAUAAAAAAUCACAAGAAAAUAUUUUUCCAUAAAAACAAACAAAACUUAAAAAAAAUCUGACAGAUUCAACGCUGAAGAUGAUUUGAGUAUCUAAUUUCUCUUUCUGAAUAGUUAAAUAAAUUUUUAGAGUUGAGCUUGAAAGCCGCCCGCCCAUUUUAAAGAAGAAAGAAAGAUUGAAUGAUUUAUAAGUUUAAGGAUUUUUUUUUGUUCAGUAUGCAGCAUAAAAUAUCUAACAAUUGUUCUAUAAUUAUUUGAAAAAGGGGUUUUUUUGUGUAAGGCGUUAAUUACAAUAAGUUUUUCCCAGAAUAAAUAUUUUGUUUUGUCGACCCACAAUAUUUAUCUCAAUUUUCCCAAAACUUUUUUAAAAUGGAAAUUCUUAAGUAACAUUAACUAUUUUUCUUAGUCGUGGUGAUUAAAUGUUUUGUUUCCUUUACUUCAAAUAGAUUUAUCGAGCAUUUGAAGGCAUGUAAAGAAGAAAAUAAAUAAAAACUCAAAUUUGUUUUAUGCAAUGUCACGUUCAUUUCAAAUCAAUUGAAUUUUAUGUAGCAAACCUUCAAUCUAAGCAUUAAUUCAUGAAUGAAACUUUAAAACUAAUACACGAAUCGAUAAUAAAAAAUAAAGAAAUUAAGAAUAUAUAUACACUUUAAAAUGUGAAUUUCUGGGAUUUCACUUGACACUUAUUAAUAACAUUACUAGAAAUUUGAAUAAAAGUAAAUAAAGAUAAAGUUCUACUAGCAAAGA